AUGAAUCCAUCGUUUUAUUUUCAUUUGACGCAUCGUCCUCAGACUUCUUUCAAACUAUACAAUGGAAUUUUAGAAAUAAUCUACGGACAUCUAUCUAUCAUCUAUCUAUCUAUCUAUCUAUCUAUCUAUCUAUCUCUAUAUAUAUAUAUAUAUGCACAUAUAUAUAGCAGUCUUCAUUAUCUCACUGGCCAGCAAGCUAGCUAUUCCUGUCUGUUCAUCAUCUAUUUGUCUUUCUGUUCAUCAUCUGUCUCCACACAGCAAAACGAAAGGCCAGAAAAUUUCUUUCAUCCCAGCCACACAGCAAAACGAAAGGCCAGAAAAUCAUUCUUUCAUCCAGCCACACAGCAAAACGAAGGCCAGAAAAUCAUUCUUUCACCCAGCCACACAGCAAAACAAAGCAUUCUUUCAUCCAGCCACACAGCAAAAACGCCAGGGGAAAAAUCAUUCUUUCACCCAGCCACACACAGCAAAACGAAAGGCCAGAAAAUCAUUCUUUCAUCCAGCCACACAGCAAAACGAAAGGCCAGAAAAUCAUUCUUUCAUCCAGCCACACAGCAAAACGAAAGGCCAGAAAAUCAUUCUUUCACCCAGCCACACAGCAAAACGAAAGGCCAGAAAAUCAUUCUUUCAUCCAGCCACACAGCAAACGAAAGGCCAGAAAAUCAUUCUUUCACCCAGCCACACAGCAAAACGAAAGGCCAGAAAAUCAUUCUUUCAUCCAGCCACACAGCAAAACGAAAGGCAGAAAAUCAUUCUUUCAUCCAGCCACGCAAAACGAAAGGCCAGAAAAUCAUUCUUUCACCCAGCCACACAGCAAACGAAAGGCCAGAAAAUCAUUCUUUCAUCCAGCCACACAGCAAAACGAAAGGCCAGAAAAUCAUUCUUUCCCCAGCCACACAGCAAAACGAAAGGCCAGAAAAUCAUUCUUUCAUCCAGCCACACAGCAAAACGAAAGGCCAGAAAAUCAUUCUUUCACCCAGCCACACAGCAAAACGAAAGGCCAGAAAAUCAUUCUUUCAUCCAGCCACACAGCAAAACGAAAGGCCAGAAAAUCAUUCUUUCACCCAGCACACAGCAAAACGAAAGGCCAGAAAAUCAUUCUUUCAUCCAGCCACACAGCAAAACGAAAGGCCAGAAAAUCAUUCUUUCACCCAGCCACACAGCAAAACGAAAGGCCAGAAAAUCAUUCUUUCAUCCAGCCACACAGCAAAACGAAAGGCCAGAAAAUCAUUCUUUCAUCCAGCCACACAGCAAAACGAAAGGCCAGAAAAUCAUUCUUUCAUCCCAGCCACACAGCAAAACGAAAGGCCAGAAAAUCAUUCUUUCAUCCAGCCACACAGCAAAACGAAAAGAAAAUCAUUCUUUCAUCCAGCCACACAGCAAAACGAAAGGCCAGAAAAUCAUUCUUUCACCCCAGCCACACAGCAAAACAAAGGCCAGAAAAAUCAUUCUUUCAACCACACAGCAAAACGAAAGGCCAGAAAAUCAUUCUUUCACCCAGCCACACAGCAAAACGAAAGGCCAGAAAAUCAUUCUUUCAUCCACACAGCCACACUUUCAGCAAAACGAAAAGGCCAGAAAAUCAUUCUUUCAUCCAGCCACACAGCAAAACGAAAGGCCAGAAAAUCAUUCUUUCACCCAGCCACACAGCAAAACGAAAGGCCAGAAAAUCAUUCUUUCACCCAGCCACACAGCAAAACGAAAGGCCAGAAAAAUCAUUCUUUCAUCCAGCCACAGCAAAAAUCGAAAGGCACACAGCCAGAAAAAAUCAUUCUUUCAUCCAGCCACACAGCAAACGAAAGGCCAAAAUCAUUCUUUCACCCAGCCAAAGCAAAACGAAAGGCCAGAAAAUCAUUCUUUCACCCCAGCCACACAGCAAAACGAAAAGGCCAGAAAAUCAUUCUUUCAUCCAGCCACACAAAACGAAAGGCAAAAUCAUUCUUUCACCCCAAAGCAAAACGAAAGGCCAGAAAAUCAUUCUUUCACCCAGCCACACAGCAAAACGAAAGGCCAGAAAAUCAUUCUUUCACCCAGCCACACAGCAAAACAGCCAGAAAAUCAUUCUUUCAUCCAGCCACACAGAAAGGCCCGAAAAUCAUUCUUUCAUCCAGCCACACAGCAAAACGAAAGGCCAGAAAAUCAUUCUUUCAUCCAGCCACACAGCAAAACGAAAGGCCAGAAAAUCAUUCUUUCAUCCAGCCACACAGCAAAACGAAAAACGGCCAGAAAAUCAUUCUUUCAUCCAGCCACACACAAAAUCAAAACAAAAAUGAGAAAAUCAUUCUUUCACCCAGCCACACAGCAAAACGAAAGGCCAGAAAAUCAUUCUUUCACCAGCCACACAGCAAAACGAAAGGCCAGAAAAUCAUUCUUUCAUCCAGCCACACAGCAAAACGAAAGGCCAGAAAAUCAUUCUUUCAUCCACAGCAAAACGAAGGCAGAAAAUCAUUCUUUCACCCCAAAAAACGAAAGGCCAGAAAAUCAUUCUUUCACCCAGCCACACAGCAAAACGAAAGGCCAGAAAAUCAUUCUUUCACCCAGCCACACAGCAAAACGAAAGGCCAGAAAAUCAUUCUUUCAUCCAGCCACACAGCAAAACGAAAGGCCAGAAAAUCAUUCUUUCACCCAGCCACAGCAAAACGAAAGGCCAGAAAAUCAUUCUUUCAUCCAGCCACACAGCAAAACGAAAGGCCAGAAAAAUCAUUCUUUCAUCCAACCACACAGCAAAACGAAAGGCCAGAAAAUCAUUCUUUCACCCAGCCACACAGCAAAACGAAAGGCCAGAAAAUCAUUCUUUCAUCCAGCCACACAGCAAAACGAAAGGCCAGAAAAUCAUUCUUUCAUCCAGCCACACAGCAAAACGAAAGGCCAGAAAAUUAUUCUUUCAUCCAGCCACACAGCAAAACGAAAGGCCAGAAAAUCAUUCUUUCAUCCCACACAGCCACAAUCAGCCAAAAAACGAAGAAAAUCCAGAAAAACGAAAGGCCAUUCUUUCAUCCCAGCCACACAAAACGAAAGGCCCUGAAAAUCGUUCUUUCACCCAGCCACACAGCAAAACGAAAGGCCAGAAAAUCAUUCUUUCACCCAGCCACACAACAAAAAAACGAAAGGCCAGAAAAAUCAUUCUUUCACCCAGCCACACAAAACGAAAGGCCAGAAAAUCAUUCUUUCACCCAGCCACACAGCAAAACGAAAGGCCAGAAAAUCAUUCUUUCAUCCAGCCACACAGCAAAACGAAAAAAUCAUUCUUUCACCCAGCCACAGCAAAACGAAAAGGCGAAAAUCAUUCUUCCCACCACACAGCAAAACGAAAGGCCAGAAAAUCAUUCUUUCAUCCAGCCACACAGCAAAACGAAAGGCCAGAAAAUCAUUCUUUCACCCAGCCACACAGCAAAACGAAAGGCCAGAAAAUCAUUCUUUCAUCCAGCCACACAGCAAAACGAAAAGGCCAGAAAAUCAUUCUUUCAUCCAGCCACACAGCAAAACGAAAGGCCAAAACGAACAGCAAAACGAAAGCCAGAAAAUCAUUCUUUCACCCAGCCACAAAGCAAACACCAGAAAUCAUUCUUCAAAGCCACAGCAAAACGAAAGGCCAGAAAAUCAUUCUUUCACCCAGCCACACAGCAAAACGAAAGGCCAGAAAAUCAUUCUUUCAUCCAGCCACACAGCAAAACGAAAGGCAACCACACAGCAAAACGAAAGGCCAGAAAAUCAUUCUUUUCACCCAGCCACAGCAAAACGAAAGGCCAGAAAAUCAUUCCAGCCACACAGCAAAACGAAAGGCCAGAAAAUCAUUCUUUCAUCCAGCCACAGCAAAACGAAAGGCCAGAAAAUCAUUCUUUCAUCCAGCCACACAGCAAAACGAAAGGCCAGAAAAUCAUUCUUUCACCCAGCCACACCAAACGAACAAAGGCCAGAAAAUCCAUUCUUUCACCCAGCCACACAGCAAAACGAAAGGCCAGAAAAUCAUUCUUUCAUCCAGCCACAGCAAAACGAAAGGCCAGAAAAUCAUUCUUUCAUCCAGCCACACAGCAAAACGAAAGGCCAGAAAAAUCAUUCUUUCAUCCAGCCACACAGCAAAACGAAAGGCCAGAAAAUCAUUCUUUCACCCAGCCACACAGCAAAACGAAAGGCCAGAAAAUCAUUCUUUCAUCCAGCCACACAGCAAAACGAAAGGCCAGAAAAUCAUUCUUUCACCCAGCCACAGCAAAACGAAAGGCCAGAAAAAUCAUUCUUUCAUCCAGCCACACAGCAAAACGAAAGCCAGAAAAUCAUUCUUUCACCCCAGCCACACAGCAAAACGAAAGGCCAGAAAAUCAUUCUUUCAUCCAGCCACACAGCAAAACGAAAGGCCAGAAAAUCAUUCUUUCACCCACAGCCAAACGAAAGCAAAAAAUCAUUCUUUCAAACACAGCAAACGAAAGGCCAGAAAAUCAUUCUUUCAUCCAGCCACACAAAACGAAAGGCCAAAAAUCAUUCUUUCAUCCAGCCCACAGCAAAACGAAAGGCCAGAAAAUCAUUCUUUCAUCCAGCCACACAGCAAAACGAAAGGCCAGAAAAUCAUUCUUUCACCCAGCCACAAAAGCAAACGAAAGGCCAGAAAAUCAUUCUUUCAUCCAGCCACACAGCAAAACGAAAGGCCAGAAAAAUCAUUCUUUCACCCAGCCACACAGCAAAACGAAAGGCCAGAAAAUCCAUUCUUUCAUCCAGCCACACAGCAAAACGAAAGGCCAGAAAAUCGUUCUUUCCCCAGCCACACAGCAAAACGAAAGGCCAAGAAAAUCAUUCUUUCAUCCAACCACACAAGCAAAACGAAAGGCCAGAAAAUCAUUCUUUCAUCCAGCCACACAGCAAAACGAAAGGCCAGAAAAUCAUUCUUUCACCCAGCCACACAGCAAAACGAAAAUGAGAAAAUCAUUCUUUCAUCCAGCCACACAGCAAAACGAAAGGCCAGAAAAUCAUUCUUUCAUCCACCCACACAGCAAAACGAAAGGCCAGAAAAUCAUUCUUUCAUCCAGCCACACAGCAAAACGAAAGCCAGAAAAUCAUUCUUUCACCCAGCCACACAGCAAACGAAAGGCCAGAAAAUCAUUCUUUCAUCCAGCCACAGCAAAACGAAAAAGCCACGAAAAUCAUUCUUUCUUCAAGGCAAAACGAAAGCCACAAAAUCAUUCUUUCGUCAGUUACACAGCAAAACGAAAAGCCAGAAAAUCAUUCUUUCACCAUCCACACAGCAAAACGAAAGGCCAGAAAAUCAUUCUUUCACCCACACAGCAAAACGAAAGGCCAGAAAAUCGUUCCCUUUCACCCAGCCACACAGCAAAACGAAAGGCCAGAAAAUCAUUCUUUUCCCCAGCCACAGCAAAACGAAAGGCCAGAAAAUCAUUCGCAUCCGCACAGCAAAACGAAAGGCCAGAAAAUCGUUCUUUCACCCAGCCACAGCAAAAACGAAAGGCCAGAAAAUCAUUCUUUCACCCAGCCACACAAAAAAACGAAAAGGUGCCAGAAAAUCGAAAGGCCAGAAGAAAUUCUUUCAUCCAGCCACAGCAAAACGAAAACGAAAGACCGAAAAUCAUUCUUCCCCAGCCACAGAGCAAAACGAAAAGGCCCAGAAAAUCAUUCUUUCAUCCAGCCACAGCAAAACGAAAGGCCAGAAAAUCGUUCUUUCACCCACACCUGCAAAACGAAGGCCGAAAAAUCGUUCUUUCAUCCAACCACACAGCAAAACGAGGCCAAAAUCAUUCGCCACACAGCAAAACGAAGCCAGAAAAUCAUUCUUUCAUCCAACCACACAGCAAAACGAAAGGCCAGAAAAAUCAUUCUUUCAUCCAACAACAAAGCAAACUAAAAGGCCAGAAAAUCAUUCUUUCACCCAGCCACAGCAAACGAAAGGCCAGAAAAAUCAUUCUUUCAUCCAACCACACAGCAAAACGAAGGCCAGAGAAAAUCAUUCUUUCACCCAUUCUGCCACACACAGCAAAACGGAAGGCCAGAAAAAUCAUUCUUUCGUCAUCCAGCCACACAGCAAAACGAAAGGCCAGAAAAUCAUUUCUUUCACCCCAGCCUCACAGCAAAACGAAAGGCCAGAAAAUCAUUCUUUCAUCCCACCACAGCAAAAACGAAAAGUCAGAAAAUCAUUCUUUCAUCCAGCCACAGCAAAACGAAAGGCCAGAAAAUCAUUCUUUCAGCCACACAGCAAAACGAAAGGCCAGAAAAUCGUUCUUUCAUCAAGCCUCACAGCAAAACGAAAGGCCAGAAAAUCAUUCUUUUCAUCCAACCACACAGCAAAAACAAGGCCCGAAAAAAUCAUUCUUUCACCCCAGCCACCACAGCAAAACGAAAGGCAAGAAAAUCAUUCUUUCACCCAGCCACACAGCAAACGAAAGGCCGAGAAAAUCAUUCUUUUCGCCCAGCCACAAGCAAAACGAAAGGCCGAAAAAUCAUUCUUUCACCCCAGCCACACAGCAAAACAGGAAAGAAAAUCAUUCUUUUCAUCAGCCACACAGCAAAACGAAAGAGCCGAAAAACAUUCUUUCAUCCAGCCACAGCAAAAACGAAAGGCCAGAAAAUCAUUCUUUCAUCCAGCCACAGCGAAAACGCUCAAAAGCAAAACGCCAGAAAAUCAUUCUUUCACCCAGCCACAGCAAACGAAAGGCUGAAAAUCAUUCUUUCAUCCAGCCACACAAAACGAAAGGCCAGAAAAUCGUUCUUUCAUCAGCCACACAGCAAACGAAAGGCCAGAAAAUCGUUCUUUCAUCCAGCCACAAAAACAGGCCAGAAAAUCAUUCUUUCACCCCAGCCACAGCAAAACGAAAGUCAGCCAGAAAAUCAUUCUUUCAUCCAUUCACGCAGCAAACGAAAGGCCAGAAAAUGUUUCUUUCAUCCAGCCACACAGCAAAACGAAAGGCCAGAAAAACGUUCUUUCACCCAGCAACACAGCAAAACGAAGACCCAGAAAUCAUUCUCACCAGCCACACAGCAAAACGAAAGGAAAUCAUUCUUUCGCCCCAGCCACACAGCAAAAGGCAAGGCAAGAAGGUACUAAAAAAGGCCAGAAAAUCAUUCUUUCAUCCAGCCACACAGCAAAACGAAAACCAGAAGGUAUUUCUUUCAUCCAGCCAAGCGUUCUUUCAUCCAGCCACAGCAAAACGAAAGGCCAGAAAAUCAUUCUUCCUUAUUACAGCAAACGAAAGGCAGAAAAUCGUUCUUUCGUCAGCCACACAGCAAAACGAAAGGCCAGAAAAUCAUUCUUUCAUCCAGCCACAGCAAAACGAAAAGGCCAAAUCAUUCUUUCAUCCAGCCACACAGCAAAACGAAAGGCCAGAAAAUCGUUCUUUCACCCAGCCUCAGCAAAACGAAAGGCCAGAAAAUCAUUCUUUCACCAGCCACAGCAAAACGAAAGGUCAAGAAAAUCAUUCUUUCACCCAGCCGCAUCACAAAACGAAAAGGCCAGAAAAUCAUUCUUUCAUCCAUGCAAAACGAAAGGCCAGAAAGAGCAUUCUUUCAUCCAGCCACAGCAAAACGAAAAGGCCAGAAAAUCAUUCUUUCAUCCAGCCACACAGCAAAACGAAAAUGAAAAUCAUUCUUUCAUCAGCCACACAGCAAAACGAAAGGCAAAAAUCAUUCUUUCAUCCAGCCACACAGCAAAACGAAAGGCCAGAAAAUCAUUCUUUCACCCAGCCACACAGCAAAACGAAAGGCCAGAAAAUCAUUCUUUCACCCAGCCACACAGCAAAACGAAAGGCCAGAAAAUCAUUCUUUCAUCCAGCCACAGCAAAACGAAAGGCCAGAAAAUCAUUCUUUCAUCCAGCCACACAGCAAAACGAAAGGCCAGAAAAUCAUUCUUUCAUCCAGCCACACAGCAAAACGAAAAAAUCAUUCUUUCGCCCACACAGCAAAACGAAAAGGCCAGAAAAUCAUUCUUUCAUCCAGCCACACAGCAAAACGAAAGGCCAGAAAAAUCAUUCUUUCACCCAGCCACACAGCAAAACGAAAGGCCAGAAAAUCACCCAAAGCAAAACGAAAGGCCAGAAAAAUCAUUCUUUCAUCCAGCCACACAGCAAAACGAAAAAAUCAUUCUUUCACCCAGCCACACAAAACGAAAAAAAUCAUUCUUUCAUCCAGCCACACAGCAAACGAAGGCACAUUCUUUCACCCAGCAAAAAAACGAAAGGCCAGAAAAUCAUUCUUUCACCCAGCCACACAGCAAAACGAAGGCCAGAAAAUCAUUCUUUCACCCAGCCACAAAAAACGAAAGGCCAGAAAAUCAUUCUUUCAUCCAGCCACACAGCAAAACGAAAGGCCAGAAAAUCAUUCUUUCACCCAGCCACACAGCAAAACGAAAGGCCAGAAAAUCAUUCUUUCACCCAGCCACACAGCAAAAAAACGAAAGGCCAGAAAAUCAUUCUUUCAUCCACCCACACAGCAAAACGAAAGAAAAAUCAUUCUUUCAUCCAGCCACACAGCAAAACGAAAGGCCAGAAAAUCAUUCUUUCAUCCAGCCACACAGCAAAACAAAGGCAAAAAUCGAAGCCACAGGCAAAACGAAAAAAAACAUUCUUUCAUCCCAGCCACACAGCAAAACGAAAUCAUUCUUUCAUCCAGCCAGAAAAUCAUUCUUUCAUCCAGCCACACAGCAAAACGAAAGGCCAGAAAAUCAUUCUUUUCAUCCAGCCACACAGCAAAACAGCAAAACGAAAGGCCAGAAAAUCAUUCUUUCACCCAGCCACAGGAAAGGCCAGAAAAUCAUUCUUUCAUCCAGCCACACAGCAAAACGAAAGGCCAGAAAAUCAUUCUUUCACCCACAGCAAAAACACAGCAAAAAACAAAGCCACAGAAAAUCAUUCUUUCAUCCAGCCACACAGCAAAACGAAAGGCCAGAAAAAUCAUUCUUUCACCCAGCCAACAGCAAAACGAAAGGCCAGAAAAUCAUUCUUUUCACCCAGCCACACAGCAAAACGAAAGGCCAGAAAAUCAUUCUUUCAUCCAGCCACACAGCAAAACGAAAGGCCAGAAAAUCAUUCUUUCACCCCAGCCACACAGCAAAACGAAAGGCCAGAAAAUCAUUCUUUCCCACACUCACCCAGCCACAAACUGAAAGGCCAGAAAAUCGUUCUUUCACCCAGCCACAUUCUUUCACCAAACAGCAGACGAAAGGCCAGAAAAUCAUUCUUUCAUCCCAGCCACACAGCAAAACGAAAGGCCAGAAAAUCAUUCUUUCAUCCAGCCACACAGCAAACGAAAAGGCCAGAAAUCAUUCUCACCCCACACAGCAAAACGAAAAGGCUGAAAAUCAUUCUUUCACCCAGCCACACAGCAAAACGAAAGGCAGAAAAUCGUUCUUUCAUCCAACACAGCAAAACAAUGAAAAAUCAUUCUUUCACCCCAGCCACACAGCAAAACGAAAAGAAAAAUCAUUCUUUCACCCAGCCACACAGCAAAACGAAAGGCCAGAAAAAAUCAUUCUCAUCCAGCCACAGCAAAACAAAAAUGAAAAUCAUUCUUUCACCCAACACACAGCAAAACGAAAGGCCAGAAAACCAUUCUUUCAUCCAGGCACACCAGCAAAACAAAAGGCCAGAAAAAUCCAUUCUUUCACACAGCAAAACGAAAGGCCAGAAAAUCAUUCUUUCAUCCACCACACAGCAAAACGAAAGGCCAGAAAAUCAUUCUUUUCACCCAACCACAGCAGUAAAACGAACGGCCAGAAAAUCGUUCUUUCACCCAGCCACACAGCAAAACGAAAGGCCUGAAAAUCAUUCUGUCACCCAAUACACACAAAACGAAAGGCCAGAAAAAUCCAUUCUUUCAUCCCAGCCACACAAAACGAAAGGCCAGAAAAUCAUUCUUUCACCCCACACAGCAGCAAAACGAAAGGCCGAAAAAUCGUUCUUUUCUUACCCACACCACACACAGCCAAAAAAUCGAAAGGCCAAGAAAAUCAUUCUUUCUCCAGCCACGCAGCAAAACGAAGGCCAGAAAAUGUUCUUUCACCCACCACACAGCAAAACGAAAGACGAAAAUCAUUCUUUCAUCCAGCCACACGCCACACAACAAAGCAGAAAGCCAGAAAAUCCCAUUCUUUCACCCAGCCACACAGCAAAACGAAAGGCCAAAAAUCAUUCUUUCAUCCCAGCCACACAGCAAAACGAAAGGCCAGAAAAUCAUUCUUUCACCCCAGCCACACAGCUAAAACAAAGGCCAGAAAAUCAUUCUUUCAUCCAGCCACAGCAAAACGAAAAAGAUGAAAAAUCUAAAACGGGAAAGCCAGAAAUCAUUACUUUCACCCCACACACAGCAAAACGAAAAGCUGAAAAUCAUUCUUUCAUCAAGCCACACAGCAAAACGAAAGGCCAAAAUCGUUCUUUCACCAGCCACACAGCAAAACGAAAGGCUGAAAAAUCGUUCUCUUUCACCCAACCACACAGCAAAAGCGAAAGGCCAGAAAAUCAUUCUUUCAUCCAGCCACAGCAAAACGAAAGGCCAGAAAAUCAUUCUUUCACCCAGCCACAACCAAAAACGAAAGGCCAGAAAAUCAUUUCUUUCUGCAACCACAGUAAAACGAAAAUACAGAAAAUCAUUCUUUCACCCAGCCACAGCAAAACGAAGGCCAGAAAAUCGUUCUUUCAUCCAGCCACAGCAAAACGAAAGGCCAGAAAAUCAUUCUUUCACCCUGCCACACAGCAAACGAAAGGCCAGAAAACCAUUCUUUCACCCAGGCACACAGCAAAACGAAAGGCCAGAAAAUCAUUCUUUCACCCAGCCACACAGCAAAGAAAGCCAGAAAAUCAUUCUUUCAUCCAGCCACACAGCAAAACGAAGGCCAGAAAAUCGUUCUUUCACCCCAGCCACACAGUAAAACGAACGGCCGAAAAUCAUUCUUUUCACCCCAGCCACACAGCAAAACGAAAGCCUGAAAAAUCAUUCUUUCACCCAGCCACACAGCAAAACGAAAAGGCCAGAAAAUCAUUCUUUCAUCCAUCCACAGCAAACAAAGGCCAGAAAAUCAUUCUUUCACCCAGCCACACAGCAAACGAAAGGCCAGAAAAUCAUUCUUUCACCCAACCCACACUUUCACCCCCAUUACACAGCAAAACGAAAGGCCAGAAAAUCAUUCUUUCAUCAGCCACACAGCAAAACCUUGAGCCAGAAAAUCAUUCUUUCACCCAGCCCGCACAGCAAAACGAAGGCCAGAAAAUCAUUCUUUCGUCCAGCCACACAGCAAAACGAAAGGCCAGAAAAUCGUUCUUUCACCCAGCCACACAGCAAAACGAAGGGCAAAAUCAUUCUUUCAUCCAGCCACACAGCAAAACGAAGCCAGAAAAUCAUUCUUUCCUGACCACAGCAAAACGAAACGGCCAGAAAAUCAUUCUUUUCACUAGCCACACAGCAAAACGAAAGCCAGAAAAUCCCAUUCUUUCACCCACCACACAGCAAAACGAAAGGCCGAAAAUCAUUCUUUCAUCCAACCGGCAAAACGCCAAACAUCCAGCCAAACGAAAAUGA